AAUUUCUUACACAUUUUCUCUUGAGGACGGCAGUAGCAAGAGCAGCAGCAGCGGAGGCAGCAGAAGAAGCAACUGCAACAAUUCUUGGAACCAUGGCUGAGUAAAAAGACAACUCAACAGGAGGUGAAGGUGGAAAGGAUUUGCUCCAGUUAGUUAGUUCUUUCGUUUUCUGGAUCAAGCUGUGAACCUUCCAUUGGUGAGCUCUUCUCAUCAUGAGUGGGCCCUUUGAUAAGAAGAUUAGCAGCAUUUUGACUGACCUUUCCAGCUCAAUCAGUUGCCAACCAGGCACCAAAGAUUCUCCUACGCUUCCUGAAUCGUCCAUCACGGACCUGGGAUACUACAGCACCCCUCAUGCUCAGCAUGAAUAUUACCCCAGCCAGCCUUAUACUCAGCCUAUGAAUCCCUAUGCAUACCACCCCCAGUUUAACUUCAAUGGGAUGGGGGCGACGGGGACAUACUCCCCCAAACCUGACUAUCCUUACAGCACUUCAUAUAGGCAAUAUGGACCUUUCCGGGACCAGCAGUUACCGAGCCAAGAAACAGUUGCAGUGAAGGAAGAACCUGAACCUGAAGUGCGAAUGGUCAAUGGAAAAGCGAAAAAAAUCAGAAAGCCUCGCACAAUUUAUUCUAGUUACCAGCUGGCUGCUUUGCAAAGGAGAUUCCAAAAGGCACAGUACCUAGCAUUGCCAGAGAGGGCAGAAUUGGCUGCACAACUUGGACUGACCCAGACUCAGGUUAAAAUUUGGUUCCAGAACCGGAGGUCUAAAUUUAAGAAAUUGUACAAAAAUGGAGAGGUCCCCUUGGAACACAGCCCGAAUAACAGUGACUCCAUGGCUUGCAAUUCUCCACCAUCUCCUGCCCUCUGGGACAGUAAUACUCAUAAUAACCCAGCCAGCAGGAGCCAAAUCCCCCAGCCACUCUCUUAUACCUCUCCCACAAACUACCUGGAAGAUCAAAAUUCUUGGUUCCAUCAUCAAAAUCUGAAUGGGCCUCACAUACAACAACAGGGACCUCCGCCCACUGCUGGCUCUAUGCAUCACCCAUCUCCAGGGCCUCCUCCCAAUCCUGGAGCACUUUAUUAACCUCCUUUCCCUCCUCAAUGAAACCAGUGGAGCAGGAAAAAAGGAAUGAGGGAGCCAGAGAGGGAGAAACAAACAGAAGGCAACAAGUUAAAACCCUUUGAUACGUUUCACAGAACAUGUACACAUUCCAUCUCAUCUUGGUACCAAGUGAACUACAGCAGGGCUAAGACAUUAGGGGAGGCCUCGGGGGGGGGGGGGGGUUAAAGAAAUGUGAAAGGGAGGGAAACUAUUUGCAGCCCAUGUUGUAUCUCAAUCAAAUCAGUUUCAUCAAGAACUCUGUUACCCACUUCCUGGAUGAUUUCUCUCUGAGCUAAUUGUUCCCAAUUUCCAGCUGGGUAGCUCUCAGCAUGGUUAGAGAAAAGCAAAGACCUGCAUGACAAAGGAGGGAAAAAAAUGUCCUUUUUUCCUUUUGGUUUUGCUUCGUUUUAUUGGUUGAUGGCCUCUCCAAGCAGACUGGUUUUGAGAGGUAUCAACUUCAUGUGUCUUCUGAAAGAUUGGUAUGGCCGCAAAUACCAAUCAAUUAUUCAUGUCUAUUACAGGAAUAGGCUUGAGCUGUUAGCUACACAUGUAGUUGGGAAUGGGAACAAUGUAUGAUAUCCAACUCUUUCUCAUUCUGCAUACCACCUUGGAAAUAAUGUUCCACUGGAAAUUAUAGCAAUGUUCUACAUAAGGAAAGGGAGAGGUAGAUGUCAACAACUAUUAAUGUGAUAGAUUUUGUAAUCACUUUAGGGUUAAAUUCACUUCAUAGCCAGAUUGAUGUUAUACAAAACUGGUCAGUAUAUAGUGUUAAUUUACAGUAGUGCUACUGGCUAGCACAAAAAAAGGAUGAGGGAACCCGGGGAAAAAACAAUACUGACCCUAAUGUUUAUUUUGGAUUUAUACGGAGUGCACUGUGGGAUUUAUUGCAGAUUAAAAAAGAAAAAAAAAGUAAAAUUAAACUUUUGUACUGGUUUUUCAUCUGGUGAUGGGGAAAAAAAAGUGAUCUAUAUUAGCCCCGGUUAAUAGUCUUGUCUUGAGUGUUUAGGGCAGAUACUUCACGCCAUAAAAAUAAAUGAAGAAUUCUAAUACACAAGGGAACAAAAAAAAAAAUUAAUCCUUAUAAUUCUCAGCACAUACUGUUAAACCAAGGGUUUUUUGACAAUUUUUAAAAAUAAACUCUAGUAGCUUGAUUUACUUAACAUUAAAUCACAACUCAAGGUUAACAAACCAGAAUUCCUGGCUUCAUUCAACAUGCUAAACCAGAGCUUAGGAUGUUACAGUGCAGAUAGUGCUUCAUUACCACAACAGCACAAAAUUUCUAUAGCGAAGUGACAGUUUUCAAGUAAGUUUUGCCCCAUUUUAAGACCUUUCUUGACACAAUUAUUAAGUGAAUUACUGCACUUGUUAAGUUAGUAACAACAAACACAGUUGUAAGGUGAAUAUGGCUUCCCCAUUGACUUUUUUGUCAGAAGGUUGCAAAAAAAUGAUCACACAACCACCAUUAAUAUGACUCAGCUGCCAAACAUCCAAAUUUUGACCAUGAUGCUGCAAUGAUUAUGUGAAAAACAGUCAUAAGUCCCUUUUCUCAUUGUAACUUUGUACAGUAACUAAAUGAAAGAAUUGUAAGUCAAGGACUGCCUGUAUGGGGUCACACAAGGUACGAAUACCAUGCUUUGCCCAAUUAACUAUCACGGGUUCAUAGAAAAAUAGUAAAUAAUCCAUCAAAGUUAACAAACUACUAUAGAUGGGUUUGUAUGGCAAUCUAGGUUAAAAUCAACCAAAGCAUAAACCUUAGCACAAUUGUGUAAAUAUGACCUAGGCUAAUAUAUUUGAACAUAUUUAAAUAUAUUUAGCCACAUUUGAAGCUCUUCAAUCAACUGAUAAAGUUAUAUUGUGGAAGUGCUAAUUAUGCAUAGAAUUGGGACAUCAAAGACACGGAUUCUCUGCUCCAGGCCAAGUAUAGAAAACUAGGCUGACAAAGUUUGUCUCAAGGAAUGGAAAGGUCAUGAAGAGGGGGAAAAGAAAGUGCCAGUCAUCUUAGGUAAUUCCAGGUGUACUAUAGAGUAAGACUACAUAUUCGUUACUCCAUUUCUUGAAUUUGAGCCCACUGAUAUCAGUGGAAUUUGUUUUCAUAUAACUAUGAGGAGUGCACUGUAGGAAUCCUAAUUUUUGCUUUGGUCAAAAGCAAAAUCUGACAACACGAUGACCAGGGGAAAUAACACCAAAGUUUCUUUGCUGUCUUAGUCUCUGCUUAUUCCAGCAUCAAACAAGAGUUACUUCAGGUUGGAAUUUAGAAAUAUCCCAAAGAAUAAAAAUAACACAAACAUUUGAUUCCGGUUGAGAAGCUGACCUUCAUUUAGUUUUUUAAAAAAAAAUGAUUCAGGAGAAAUAUUUAAAAGUUAGGGAGAUAUUUAAAAUACUUCAGAAUAAUUUAAGUUAUUUUUUUUAAAAAUAAAGUAAUAGUUGUGUGUUGCUCUAAAGUUAUUUUAAGCUAUUAUCACAGAGGAAAGCUUAUUUUUUAAAGCAAAAGCCAGAACAAAUCCAUCUUGGAUAUUUUUUAAAUAAAGCUGUGUGGGUUUUUAAAAGAAAAAAUAAGAGCUAUAACUUGAAUAAGCAAUCUCUUAUGCUGUACAGUGUCAGGGUUCAUAUUUAUGUUGCCUGGUAUAAUAAAUAAGGAGAGUACGGUGAGGGGAAUGUAUAUAUGGCUUUAUAUAAAUCAUACUUUAAAUUUAAAAAAAACUUUUUUCUUUUUAGGGAAAUUUUAAAAAAAAACACCAUUUCACUGAGAUGGAAACUUUGCUUGAGAUUCCUUUCUGCUUUGGUAGCAAACAGAAAACCUUUCUGUAUAAUAUUAAUAAAAUAUUUUUUGAACCUCACAGAAUAA